CGGCUUGAUCCAUAAGGACUGAGCAUUUAUAUCACAAAGCAGCACAUGAGAACACUGAAAAUUUUUCAGCUUAGCUUGAAAGUCCUUUCUUAAUCACGUUCACUGAGCCCUUUCUCGCUCAACAAGAGAUGAAUACAACAGCGAGCAGCACCAAUACGGCGCCGUCUGGAACCAAUGGGUCGAACCCGGGUUUGAAACCGUAUUUCAAAGGCCCUGAAGGCAAAUACAAGCUUCAGUACGAGAAAACCUAUCCCCUUGGCGCUUCUAAUUCCGCCCAUGGUAGAACUGUGACCCAGGUCACAGUUGCUCAUCUUAAGGAAAAGCCAAAGGAGACUCCAUUCCAACCAUCAUCAAGUUCGGGUGCAAGCACUGGAGUAAGGUCAGUGGCUGCCCGUUUAUUGGGCGGCAGCACUGGCGGCAGGGCACUAAGCCAUUCAGGCGGCAAUGGCGGAAACAAAUCUAUAAAUGGCACAAAUGGUAAAUUAGGAUCAUUAGGGGCUUCAAGUUCGAACAAUGUGGUUGGUGUCUCAAAUUUCGAUGGUCAGGGAUCUUACGUUGUGUUCAAUGUUGGCGACACGAUUCUGAUCGGCGACUUAAAUUCUCAAGAAAAGGAUCCAAUAAAGUCAUUACAGUUUGGCAACUCGAAUCCUGUUUGCCACGCGUUCGACUCUGAGGCCGAAGAUGAGCAUGAUUUGCUAAUCGGUUUAAGCUCUGGUGAUGUUUAUUCCGUAUCGCUAAGGCAGCAGUUACAAGACGUUGGGAAAAAGCUUGUGGGGGCCCAUCAUUAUAAUAAAGACGGUUCUGUUAAUAAUAGGCACGAAUCGCCUCUAUUCGUUUCUAUUCCAUUUCUGAACUCUCCAUGCUAUUUAGUAUUUAUUAUCCAUGAAUCUUUAUUAUUACGGUGAUGAGAGAAUAUAUUUGAUUGAUCUACAGAUUGAAAUCGUUUAUAGCAUCUCAUUUUCCUUUUCAUGAAUUAAACAGUCGGUGUACAUGUAUCGCGUGGAUUCCAAACAGUCUUGGCUCGUUCGUAGUUGCUCAUGCAGAUGGAAGUAUGUAUAUUUAUGAAAAGAACAAAGAUGUUAAUGGGGAACAUUCGUUUCCUGUGGUUAAAGAUCCAUCUCAAUUUUCGGUAUCCCAUGCACGUUACAGUAAGAACCCAGUUGCUAGAUGGCAUAUAUGCCAAGGUUCAAUAAAUGCCAUCAGUUUUUCGGCAGACGGUGCUUAUCUAGCGACAGUAGGAAGGGAUGGUAUUUUCGUAAUUCGACCUCACAUUCGAUAUCUGGAUUUUUGUUAAUUUAAUAAUUUGUCUGUUCUUGUUUUGUACAUUUGAAAAAAAUUGAUGAAUGCAGGUUACCUUCGUGUGUUUGACUACAAAACCGAAGAGCUCGUUUGCGGUGGAAAGAGCUACUAUGGUGCUCUUCUAUGUUGUGCUUGGAGCUCGGAUGGAAAAUAUAUUCUGGCUGGAGGAGAGGAUGACUUAGUACAAGUGUGGAGUAUGGAAGAUAAAAGGAUUGUUGCAUGGGGUGAAGGCCACAGCUCGUGGGUUAGUGGAGUGGCCUUCGACCCGUAUUGGUCAGCUCCGAAUGCAGAUGGCACAAACGAAAACAUUAUCUACCGUUUUGGUUCUGUGGGUCAGGAUGCACAGCUCCUUCUAUGGGACCUUGAGAUGGACGAGCUCAUGGUCCCGGUUCGUCGGGCCCCAGGUGGGUCACCCACUUUUAGCACCGAGGCCCAACAGUCUGCCCAUUGGGACAAUGCUUGCCCUAAUGGAACCUUAAAAGCUGCCCCAAGCACAAGGGAAGUCCCCAAACUGCCCCCUUUGGUGGCCCACCGGGCCCACACGGAGCCCCUCUCAGGUUUGGUGUUUGCUCGGGAGUUUGUGCUCACGGUUUGCCGUGAGGGCCACAUCAAGAUUUGGAAGAGGCCCGGUUUUGAUGAGAUUGGGCCCGUCUGGCCCGAUUCUUCAUCGAGUUGUUCGGGCGUGUUGGAAAAACCUUCGGUGAAAGUGGUCGAGGUUUGAGUGGUGAUGGUGGACAAAAGAGUUUAUAGUCAGGGGAAUAUGUAGUUGGUUUUGAAUAUCCAUGGAAAAUAAUAUUUUUCAUGAGAUGCCAAUUUUAUCAUUCAUUACUUUUCUUUUCUCUGACUUUGGAUUUUGCCUCAUGUUUUGAGAUUACUGAAAGUGAGGCUGUGUUGAUUUUGUUGUUAGUAAUCAAUUCUUGUUUAAAUCAAGCUUUGUAAAUGUAAACAACCAGAUUAAUUGUUGUAUGUCACAUUUAAUAAUAAUAAUUCACUUAACA